CUGAAGUUCUGCUCCUCUUCGUCUAAUCAGUACAGCAGCAGCUCCAUCACAGCCCGACCAAAACAACCCGACUGGAAGUUAAAAGCCGCGCUAAAGCGCUGUUUCACACUCGAGCCGUAACGUAAGGCGCGCUUCUGUACGUCGCACAUGCGCAGACAGCAGUGACUGACUGACCUCACUAAUAUGGCGCGUAGUUUUACCGGAAGACAUUUCCGGUGAGGCCUUUAAGUGUUAAAAAUAGUUUUGAAGCGAAAGGGGAUGGCGAACUGCUGUCCGUGACGCCUUAUUGAUCGCGCAGGAGCGACAGCUUCACUAUCAGUCAUUCGCCUGUAUGAGCCUGUUGGUGUGGUGGUGACGGUCCGGCAUGGAGGAGGAUCUGCUGGUGAACAUGGAGGAUGAUGAUGAAGAGGAGCGGGGGGGCCAGUGGGGGGCCGGGGAGCUGCAGUGGAUGCAGGAGGAGUGUGUGUCCAGCGGGAGUCCAGCCGAGCGCAGCGGACACAUCGCCAUCACUGACCAAUGCUGCAUGUUCAUAUGGGGAGGAUACAAGAAUGCAGACGGUGACGCCGCUGACCUGUACCUGCCGAAGGCGGAGGUGUGGGUGUACAGCAUGGAGACGCGGAGAUGGGACAUGCGGCGGGCAGAGGGCGAGGUGCCCAGCUCCAUGUCGGGAAGCUGCGCCGCGUGUGUGGACGGCGUGCUCUACGUGUUCGGCGGGCAUCAUGCCAGGGGAAACACCAACCAGGUGUACCGACUGCCGUUGAGAGCGCCGGUGCUGCGCUGGCAGAGGAUGAGGGAUCUGACCGGCCUGGCGCCCACCUGUAAGGACAAACUGGGCUGCUGGGUGCACAGGAACAGGCUGGCGUAUUUCGGCGGGUACGGCUACAUCGCUCCGCCCGGCCACAGAGGAGCCUUCGAGCUGGACGAGAAUUCAGUGAUGGUGAGUCCAGCUGUGAGCGGAGGCUGCAGCACACACUGACCACACGUGACCCGGGGUGUGUGUGUGUGUGU